AUGGCCGACCAACAGAACCCCGGGGCACAGCUCCCCCCUCCUCCUCAGGCUGGCGCGCCCGGCUACGAAAAUCAGGGCCAGCCUCAGCAGCACAUGCCGCCGCCGCCGCUCGCGCCUGUCAUCAUUCCGCAGAACAACAACCCCAUCCCCACGGCCAUCAGCUCGCCCAUGUCAGGCAACCCCAUGUCCCCGACCAGCGGCCAGCCCGGCUACGUCCCUCGUCGCGCUGCCCCCGAGCCGAACAAGCGCGCGCUAUACGUUGGUGGACUGGACCCCAGAGUUACCGAGGACGUUCUUCGUCAGAUUUUCGAGACGACUGGCCAUGUCCAGAGCGUCAAGAUCAUUCCAGACAAGACUGCAAGUUCUCCUUCUUUCAACUCCAAGGGCUUCAACUACGGUUUCGUCGAGUAUGACGACCCGGGCGCGGCCGAGCGUGGCAUGGCCACCCUCAAUGGCCGUCGCAUUCACAACAAUGAAGACACGUCUAACCACUUCCACAUCUUCGUUGGUGAUCUGUCCAACGAGGUCAAUGAUGAGGUUCUACUCCAGGCUUUCUCCACCUUUGGACCCGUCUCUGAAGCCCGCGUCAUGUGGGACAUGAAGACGGGUAGAUCGCGCGGCUAUGGCUUCGUCGCUUUUAGGGAUCGCGCCGAUGCUGAUCGUGCUCUCAGCUCCAUGGACGGAGAGUGGCUUGGUUCCCGCGCCAUCCGCUGCAACUGGGCCAACCAGAAGGGUCAGCCAUCCAUCUCGCAGCAACAGGCCAUGGCCUCAAUGGGCAUGACGCCAACCACUCCCUUUGGACACCAUCACUUCCCCACCCAUGGCGUCCAGAGCUACGACAUGGUUGUCGCCCAGACUCCCGCCUGGCAAACUACGUGCUACGUCGGCAACCUCACCCCUUACACCUCACAGUCCGAUCUAGUCCCUCUCUUCCAGAACUUUGGUUAUGUCACUGAGACGCGCUUCCAGUCGGAUCGUGGGUUUGCCUUCAUCAAGAUGGACACGCAUGAGAAUGCCGCCAUGGCCAUCUGCCAGCUGAACGGCUACAACGUCAAUGGCCGUCCUCUGAAGUGCAGCUGGGGCAAAGACCGUCCUCCGACUGGCCAGUUUGAGGGCUACUCGCCCGCUGGCGGUCCCAACUCAGCUUACCCUCAAACGCCCAGCGCGUACUUUCCUCAGUAUGGUGGUGGGCCACAAGGUGGUCCCAUGUCACCCUCAGGACCUAGCCCCGGCGGACAACCUUUCGCGCAGCAGCAGCAGGCCUUUGGCAACCCCGGCAUGCCCUACCAGCAGCAGAUGCAGCAACCGGGCAGCGCUGGUGGCUAUGGUCGUGGUGCUCCUCAGCAGCCGCAGUGGGGUCAAUCUCCUCAAGCCGCCUUCAGCCAGAACGGCUUCGGCGGAUACCAGGGCUAA